AUGGCCAGCGCCAUCUCCACGGUUGCUGCGCGGCCGUGGCCGAGAGCUGUAAACACUACAAGUACUUACUUCUUUACAUUUGGCAACUCAUACACGCAGACCGGCUUCAGCACCACUGGAGAACAACCCUCUCCUUCGAAUCCCAUGGGAAACCCCACCUUGGGAACCGGCACCACCACCGGGGGUGAAAACUGGGUUGGCUAUCUGACGACGGCGGAGAAUGCGUCCCUCGUCCUCUCGUACAAUCUAGCCGUGGGCGGUGCGAGCAUUGAUAAUUCACUCGUUCAGGGAUCCACAGACGUGGACCUUGUCUCCCAGGUCGACAUCUUCGACCAAACAUACAGCAACAAGCCGGCUUCUGCGCCCUGGUCGGCGGAGAAUUCCGUGUUCGGGUUCUGGAUUGGAAUCAACGACAUCGGCAAUGCAUUCUAUAACACCGAUGCCGACACGUUCACCCCAACGUUGAUCGCACGGCUUGCUUCGCUGGUGGAGCGAAUCUACAGCGCUGGAGGUCGCAAAUUCCUUUUCCUCAAUGUGCCUCCUACGAGCCGAAGCCCCAUGUUCAUUAACCAGGGCGAGGCCACUGUUGAGCAGCAUGCCGCUUAUUUGGCCGUUUAUAAUAAGAAUCUUGAGUCGAUGGUGGAGGGGUUCAAAACCAACCAUACAGACGUUACUGUCGCACUCUACGAUUCUUGGUCGUUCAUGACAAAGGUCCUUGAUCGUCCCGCAGACUACGGUUUCCCCGAUGCUACUUGCAUCAAUGACGACGGUUCCUCCUGUAUCUGGUGGAAUGACUACCAUCCUUCUGCGAAAUAUCAUCAGCUCCAGGCGGAGGAUAUGAAGGCCGUUCUGCAACCUCUGGGGGCAUGGGUAGCUUAG